AUGGCCACACAGGUCGUCAUCAACGUCAAUCACAUCGUCGACCACUCCCUGACUGGCUUGCAGACCUCCAGAGACAACUUGUUACAGUACAAUUCACACCUCAACAAUCAACCUGCACCCGACGCCCUUCUCUUCAUAUUACCUUUGCUUAUCGUGCUCUCGACUUUCCUUUUCAUCCUCCUCAUCUUCUUAGUAUGUGUCAUAUUCGUUCGUAGACGACGUGGUAUCGUCCUACGAGACAGUGAUGGUCCUACCGACAUGAGUCGAGAGGAACUUAUGAACGGAGAAGGAGGCCUUGAAGGCGUGGAGUCUCGCUGGCUCGAGAGUGUUUCUGAACAUGUUCGGCGCUCAUAUCUCAGAGCAAAAGAUUACCAAUUGCAAUAUGCCCCAAACUCGGAGCCUACAGAUAUCACGUUAUCUCAAUUCCUUUCUAUUCAGGAGAAGGGCGUUUCUGCAUGGUCCUUCGAGCCCGACUAUGAAACUAUUAAUUCACUUCUGGUUCAUGCUCGCACGGAAAUCACCUUCCUUCCCGAUCCUGCAUCCGCCUCGUGCGUGCAAUCAAAUUUACCCCUCCCCAAAUUGAACGAGGUCUACUACUGGGAAGUCAAGAUGUUUGAUCUUCCUGAAACUACUACAGUUGCCGUUGGACUGGCCACCAAACCCUACCCACCUUUCCGACUUCCAGGGCUGAACCUUUUCUCUGUCGCUUACCACUCCAGCGGUGACAAGUGUUACAAUUAUCCCUUCACUGCAUCGCCAUUUGGGCCACUACUCAAAGAAGGCGAUAUUCUUGGCAUUGGUUAUCGUCCACGUACAGGAACCGUGUUCUUCACUAGAAACGGUCGCAAGAUGGAAGACGCUUUCAUCGGCCUCAAUCGCUACAAUCUAUUUCCCACGAUCGGAGCAGACGGUCCAUGCAGUGUUCAUGUCAACCUUGGCCAAGCUGGCUUCGUCUUUAUUGAGGCGAACGUAAAGAAGUGGGGUCUGGCUCCGACCGUGGGAACACUGGCACCCCCACCUGCCUAUGGGAGUGAACGAGGCAGUAUUUUAUUGGAUGUGGGAGGUGGCGUACGACCCGGCGCUCCAAUUAUUUCUACGCCUAGCACUUCUUCCACGCCCCGCAGACGCUCUCACCGCUCUCGAAGACCGAGCAAUCCACUCUCAGCGUCAUCUGUCCUUACUCCUCCCCCACCAAUUACACCCAUCAUUGAAGAGCCCGACAGUACGGACCCCUCAAUUGGCCAAGGAUAUCUGUCUCCAACAGACUUACCUUUCCACACACCACCAAACCAUGCCCUUCCAUUGUACCCUACGACAGAAGGCGAGAGCGAACAGGAGGACGGAGAUGGCACUCCCUCACACUCACCAACCUCAUCGCGUUCACAAUCGCCAGAAAGCGAAGGUGCCGCAGGUGCGAGCAGCCUUUUUAGCAUCCCUCGCUUCCGGCGCGAUUCUUUUACUCACUUCCUGGCCGCGAUGCAACAUGCAGGUUCAGACUUGGCCAUCCAGGUGCAUCCACCGCCUGAUUCUCCUCGUUCGCCGAAUCCGCCCACUCCCCAACCACGUGAUAUUCAUCUGGAGGCUUUCACUAGCUCAUCAGCAGAAGGAUCAGAUGAUGCAUCAGAAGCAAGAUCUCCGACAUUUAUGAGACGUGAUCCCCCAGCAUAUUCACCGUUGGAUGCAUUCACGUAUGCGGAGGGUGUUCAUAUCGACUUACCGGCCGAUGUGAUCGCUGCAGCUCUGGAAGGGGAUAGUAUUCCUCCGAGUGCAAUUGGUCAAGGGAAUAGCGACCGGUCGGAGAGGCGUCGUAGUAGACGAGCCAGACGGUGA